AUGACUUCAAACCGGCCGCCACCACCAUCACUCCUGUUUUUCAUAGAAGACAAUCCCACUGCACAACAACCACAGGAACACCAUCAGCAAUCCCUUUUAAAUCCUAAUGCAUCUGCAAAUCGUCCACCAAUAAAAUGUACUACUACUAAUUCUAGAUUUAAUCUGCAAUCACAAUUGCGAUAUGAGUCAAAUGCCCGGCCAAAUCGUUCUUCUCCCUUGUUUACGUCAUCCCCCACUUUUGCCAACUAUAAUAAUAAACCUCCUACCCCCAGUGCCAAUGGCGAUGACAAUGGUAAUAGCGAUAUUGAGGAUAUAUUAAAGUUUCCUAUAGAGUCAUCCCAUGCAUAUUCAUAUGCUCAUUUAUCACCAAACUCUUUAGCAUUGAGAUUAAAUGUGUUGAAGCGAUCUUUGGAAAUUCUAAAGGACCGUCCUGAAUUAUUCAAGUCAUUGACAACUACUAAUAGUGCAACCAAUAGCCCUGUUCAGUCUAGUGCUCCACCUACUGCUACUAGCAUAAACAUCUCAAUUGAUGAAGCAUCCCCACUUUUCCGAUCAGCUUCACAUCCAGUUGAAAUCGAUACUAAUAUGUCAACUGAGGAUUUAUCACUACAACCUCCACCAUUAAGAAAGACAUUAUACAUGCAGACCAAUCAUAGUUCUGAUUAUAUACAUGACGUUUCAGGUGCAUCUUCGUUGUCUGCUAAUGAACACAAGAACUAUAAAUUGCGUUCUAAUGCCUCGUCAGCUGCAUUAGCUGCAUUGUUUAGACCUACUAUGAAAAGAUCAGAUAGUUUGCCAUUAAAUAACAAUACUAGUAUUCCAGUUACAGGACGCAGAGUUUCCACACCUCCAUUAGUACGCGAAUUACCAACGUCGCGGAAAACCUCUUCAAGCAAAAAUAAAAAUGAUGAUUUUAAAGACAUUAUAGAUUUAUUAGAGAACGAUUUGAGUGCAUUAUUAGACAAUUCAGAGGUAGCAACCACAUUACAUGAUUUAUCAUUGUCUACACCUGAUAAUUUGGACGAUACAAACUCUAAUCAUGAUAUACUAAAGCAUAAAUUGUUGCAUGCAUUGGCUAUGCCAUUUAUAGAGAAUUCAGUUCAACCAACUUCACUCUUGGAAUUUGAUGGAACAAGCGAUCCAUCUUUAAACUCCUCGCAUGUGCGUCCUUCAACCACAGCAUUAAACCUACUAAAUAACAAUUAUGAUGAGCCACCUGCAAAAAACAGAUUUAACAACAACAACAAUAAUAAUUUUAAAAACAGUGCUGCUAGUCGACCAUUCCAUUCUUUGUUGACUACUAAGCAUGCACUUCCUCAGUCUGUGUUUACAGUGGAUAAAGAUUUACCAUUUUCAGUCAAAGCAGCAAAUGAUUUAGCAUGUUUAAUGUUUGGUGUCCUGAAAAACACUAUCAAAGCCUUAACUUUAAUGGAUUUAAUUGCUCCACAGUUUCGAGAUUUUGUUUUGAAAAGAAUCACGGGUGUACAAAUCAUGGAAAACAAGAAAAAUAGAGAUAGAAUUUUGUUUGCUGGUGAAAUUGUUGCCAUUGUUAGACCCGGUGACCAAAACUAUUCAUGGACCUCACUAUGGGCUAAACGUAAAGGAAAUUUGAUUAUAUGUAUGUUUGACCAAAUCCCUUGUGAUGCAUUUGACGUUGUGAUACUGAGUGAAAAAGAUGUUAUCGAUUACAAAAUCGAUUCUAUCAAUGAAAUCGCUGGAAGUUUAAUUGAAGAUUAUGGAAUUCAAAAUCUCAGCAGUUUGAAUAGCUUGAGUUAUUCUUUAAAUAAGGAAUUACUUGAGUUCCAUCACAACAACGAAGCGGAACAAGAUGCAAUUGAUGAAACUGACCAAACAAAUCAUACCAAUAACACCAAUCGCGACAGUUUUGAUAUUGACGAGUAUUAUGAUGAAGAUAUUGAAUUGAUUAAUCAAACCAGAUACUAUACAUUGCAAUUGGAAGAUGAAAAUAAUGUUCCAUGUGCAAUAACUUCAACUCCAUUAGAACUGGACCAAGAAAAACACGAGAUUAAGUUGAAAAUUCACACCAUGCCGUACAUUGCUGGUAUUUUUGUUAUUGAUAGUAAUGAAUACAAGAUACUAUCAUGUAACAAUGCCAUUGCUAGAAACUUAUUUGGCAAAUCAUUUGACGAAUUAGAAAACCAUAGUAUAGAUGAAUUGAUACCAAAUUUCACCAAAAUAUUACAUGCUGGUAUUGAAGCCACUUCAAAUUAUGCAUAUCAAUUGUCUCCAGGGUUGGUUUUACCAGAACAUUUUUUCAGAAAAUACGAUGCAUUUAUUAAAAAGCAACAAAAUCCUGAGAAUGACCAAGAAUCUAAGGAAACGAUAUUUUUUAAUUCAAAAGGUAUUGAGGCUGUUCAUCGUGAUGGGAAAGUGGUUUACAUUGAUGUGCAAGUUAGAGUUUCAACGAACAAUACGUUAGUGGUCUGGGUUACAUAUUCCAGAACUAACAAGAACCGAACCAAUAUUUCUGAGGAAUUGGACAAAUUGAGCUCUGCAUCAACGUCUUCUUCGAUUUCUUUGGCUUCUAGUAAUAAAUCGGCAGUUUCCUUAUCUUCAAUUUCAAAACCUCGAACUUAUUCAAGUGGCCUACAACUUAGUGAUUUAAAACAGCAACAACAACCACAGCAUCUGCCGCUGCUGCUGCUGCAAUUUCUUACCAAACCUUCACAGCAACAAUCGGCAAAUCUGUUACAAAAUAUUGGUGGCCAUGAACGGAAACUAACUACAACAUCUACUGUUCCAUCGCAAAUGAAAUUGUUUAAUAAUGAAAAAGAAAAUGAUUUAUUAGAAUUCUCACCUCGUGAGAUUACACGAGCCCUGAGUACAAGAAAACCAAAGAAAGAAACUUCAUUGGGAAUUCCCUUGACUAGAUUGGACAGUUAUAUAUAUGACAAGAAUGGCAGAGAGCAACAAAAUCUACAAAGGAAAGAAGAAAAGAAACCAGCAAAAGAUCUUCAAAAUCCAUCAUCGGAGCCAACAUUAUCAUCUCCAUUGGCUUUGUCUAGUCAAGCCGAUGAUAGUGUGAAAACAGAUUUCAACAUAGUUUUAAAGUAUACCCAGGAAGAAAUAUUAGAGUUAGAGAAUGAGUCAUUAGAACAAAUUAAAUGUCAAUCGUCUCAUUGGCCCAAAGAUGUGGGGACUCAAAGACGAACCAAAAAAUUUUCUGAGUUUAAAGUUCUUAAAGAUAUGGGGGAAGGUGCUUAUGGGAAAGUGGUAUUAGCUCAACAUAAACAAGAUCCACUUUACAAAAUUAUUAUUAAAUGUAUCAACAAGGAAAGGAUUUUAGUUGAUACUUGGGUACGUGAUCGGAAAUUAGGGACAAUACCUAGUGAAAUUCAAAUUAUGGCUUAUUUGAACAGUGAACCUCAUCCAAAUAUUAUGCGAAUUAUUGAUUUUUUUGAAGAUUCCAAAUAUUAUUAUUUAGAAACACCUAUUUUUGGUGAUCCUCCAGCUAUUGAUUUGUUUGACUUUAUUGAAAUCAAAAAAGAUUUGAGUGAAGUUGAAUCCAAAUUUAUUUUUAAACAAAUUGUUUCAUCAAUUUAUCAUUUACACAAAAAUGGAAUUGUUCAUCGAGAUAUUAAAGAUGAGAACAUCAUUGUUGAUGAAAAGGGUGUAAUCAAAUUAAUUGAUUUUGGGUCAGCAGGAUAUGUUAAACAAGGUCCAUUUGAUGUAUUUGUUGGAACAAUUGAUUAUGCUUCACCUGAGGUUUUAGGUGGAGAAAAAUACGAGGGAAAACCUCAAGAUAUUUGGGCAUUGGGAAUUUUGUUAUACACAAUGUUAUAUAAAGAAAACCCAUUUUAUAAUGUUGAUGAAAUUAUGGAAGGGGAUCUAAGAAUUCCCUAUGUUAUUAGCGAAACAAGUUUAACUUUGAUUAAGAAAAUCUUGGUUCGUGAUGUGGAUGAAAGACCCACAAUUACUGAUAUUAUGGAGGAUGAAUGGUUACAGAUCUAA